UUGGGUGCGGAUGUGGCGGGUGCAAGAACGGAACAGUUAGUUAGUGGUGCGUUGGUGUUUGGUGGUGAGGGCGCGUCUCGUAUUAUAUAUUCAGUCGUGUCGGACUUGGAAGAGCGUGUGUGUAGCUGAAACGUGACGCGCGACGAGUGACGCGUUAAUUAUUAUCUCGUUCCGCGGCGACUGUUGUGUAGGGAAACAGGUUGUUCCGAAGCGUUGGCCAGGUAAGCGCCGCAUGUUGCCAACUCUCGAGAAAGCUGCACCGGAGUCGUCGUGAGGAAGCUGUGCCCAUUUGACCGGACUUCUCUGCCCUGCUGUUCGAGUCCCGGUGGGAAGAGAUGAGGACCGUGGCGUGUGCCGUGCUGCUCGCCUGCUUCAUGGGCUGUCUGGCAGGUGCCUGGGCCCAGAGCGCGGGGCUGGAGAUCCUGCCCAACAGCGAGAACCAGACCAAGCCGAUCGGCCGCAGCAUGCUGCUCACGUGCAAGCCCAACGUCACCAACAAGGACCUCAUCUCGCAGCUGCGCUGGACCGACCCCAACGGCCGCGAGGUGCCCUUCAAGAACCCCACCCUCCUGAAGCCGCACAUCUUCGUGGACUGGCUGCCACCACCCGGAGAGAAGGUUCUGACGCUGAUGAUCCCCGAGCUGCGCGAGGCAGACACGGGAACCUAUACGUGCAGCGCCCUCUACAGCAACACCAAGCAGCUCUCCAAGUCCGUCCACGUGCGCACCAUCAUGCCUAUCACCUGGGAUGAUGCGCCAGAGGAGCAGUACCCGACAGUGAAUGAGACUUUCAAGAUCCGCUGCAGGGUCUCGGCCAACCCACCUGCCAUAGUCAACUGGAUGCGCGACGGCCACAUCGUGGAGACAGGCGACCGCUAUGUGGUCGAACAGGAUGGCCUCACCAUCCUGAAUGUGACCGAGAUGGACGAUGGCACUUACACGUGCCGCGCCAUCGUCAUAGCGACAGGGGAGAUGGCACUUCGCCCCAUACGUGUCGAGGUCCACACACCACCUCAAAUGUCGGGUGCUUUGCCACCAAAGCUGGAAGCAGUCGAAGGCACCGACUUCACGGCCAAGUGCGCAGCUUCAGGGAAGCCCGUUCCACGCUACACUUGGAUCCGCGUCGACACGGCUCGCGACCUAACCAAGGACGGGGAUCGCGUGUCUGCUGACGUGUUGCUGGGGGAGCUCAGGAUUCGUGAGGUGCGGCCAGAGGAUGCAGCCAAUUACAGUUGCACAGCCAAGAAUGCCGCUGGGACCGCUACUGCCACCGUCGAAGUGACUGUUGUCGUGCGACCGCGGAUUGGCCGCUUCGAUAACAUAUCCGUAGCGUCAGGCAAAGACUCGGAGGCUGUCCUCGAGUGUCAUGCCACUGGUUCCCCUCUACCUGCUGUUACAUUUAGGAAGCUGAGUAAUCCUAACCGUUACAUUAAUGGCAUCCAACCGACCGAGGACAGGAUCACAGUUGACGGUGUCGAUAGCCCAGAUGGCAGGACGAGAAUUGGCAAACUUAUAAUUUCUAAUGUCCUGCGAUCUGAUGAUGGUUUGUAUGAGUGCAUAGCAACUAAUAAGGGUGGUGAGGUCAAGAAGAAUGGCCAUCUGAUGGUGGAGUUCAAACCGUCGUUCGCAGACACCCCACAGAAGGAGGUGUGGGGCUGGGAGCAGCAUGCCGUCAACCUGACGUGUCUGGCGCACAGCAUCCCCAAUGCGACCAUCAGCUGGCACUUCAAUGGGGCGGACCUGUUCCGUGGCCGUGAAGGCCAGGAGCUACAGCAGACGGGCUACACACUCUUCGGCAGUGGGCCGCGCUCCACUCUCCAGGUAAUCCCAUUCAACCGCAAAAUGUACGGCAAUUACAAGUGCACUGCCACCAACAAGCAUGGGACUGCCGUUCACGAGAUCAUGCUGAGGGAGGCUCGCGUGCCGUCUGCCGUCCUGCAGGUUAAGAUGGACGUCAUGACCGCCACAACUGUGACGUUUAAAUUCUUCGGCCCUGGAAAUGACGGUGGCCUUCCGACAAAGAACUAUGCCGUUCAGUACAAGCAAGACAGUCAAGGCUGGGAAGAUGCACUUAACAGGACAUGGCCAGUCGACUCUCCAUACAUUCUGGAGAACCUGAAGCCCCAGACCAGGUACAACUUCCGGUUUGCGGCUCAGAACGAGGUCGGUUUCGGUCCGUGGUCAUCACAGCAGACACACACAACCCCACGGAUAUCAGCACCAGAGGAGCCGCGGCUACUGGGUUUGCCGCUAUCUGCCACGUCCGGAACUGAGAAUGAGGUGGUUGUGUCUCCGUACCCAAACCGGUACGAGCUCCGGUGGCAGGUGCCUGCAGAUAAUGGUGAACCUAUCACUCACUACUCCGUCAAGUCUUGCCCUGUGGAGAAGUACGAUACGGAGUGGAGGCUACUACCGUACCCGUGCCAGGAACACAAGCUGGAAGGGCAGGCGACGACAUUCCAGCUGGAGUCGCUGCAGCCAGACACGCACUACAAGGUGGAGGUGCGCGCCACCAACGCCAUCGGCAACAGUGUUCCCGGUCAGAUAAUCGUCAGGACGGUCAAGGAUCCGAGCCAGAUGCCAGGCGUCGCAAAUGUGGAGGAUGGCAGUGAGGGUCAGAUGAGCUCUGCGGCCAUCGUGGUGUUGGUGGUGGCGGCACUGCUGCUCGCACUGCUCGUUGUCGACCUGGUGUGCUGCCUCGUGUGGCGUGCCGGCCUGAUCGCCGCGCUCUGCCACCGCUGCUGCUCUGCCGCCAAGACGGACGACUCGGAUGCCAAGAUUGCCAGUGAGGAGAAAGAGCCACUGAGGGAUGGGAAAGAACCAGUUCCUAUCAUAAAAGAAAGCAGAGUGAAGAGGGAGACAGCUGUGGAUUUUGAUGUCAAGAAAUCUGUUUCGAGAACGAGCUUCGUGGGAAAGGAUUCUGCAGUCUAAAAAGCAGCUGUCCCAAGUAUCGGUGGCAUCAAGUGCAGCUCCCCGUGUGCCGACAGUAUUAGUAGUGAAAGGGACAUCACAAAAUAAGGGUGGACCACAUUUUAAUUUUUUCACACUUGUUGCCUUUGCUCCUGCAACUAGCAAGAAACUGUGACACUGAAUAAUAUGUUUCUGUGUAUCCUGGCCACCUGCCAAUCCCAGAUGUGGCUGCAGCUUUGAAAGUGUGAUACACAGUUUAUUAUUAUAUGAACAGUGUAUAUUUAUUGUGUCUGUCUUACCAACAAUUAAAGUUGGUAAAUAUUGCUUUAAGACUGUUAACUGUAUACACUGCAUGUUUUAUUGAUAAUGGGCAGUGCUUUGAUGUUUAAAUAUGUAUUCUCAUAUGUUAGAAAACCAUGGAUAUUUCUCCAGUUGUUUCUGUCUGAAGUGCCAUUGCUAAUUAAUCAUUAAAACUUUUCUCUACUAAUGAAAUAUGGCUCAGGCUGUAUAACUUUUACUGAGAAGUUGGACUGUACUGAGUCCAGCAUUUGUCUUUUUAAUGUUGUCAAGGAAUCAUCAUGGCUGCAAAGAAUUGUAAUUGCAGCCCUGCUUUAGAGGUUUCUUAAAUAUGUAAAAGUGUUUGAGGUUGUAAAAGAGUAAAAUUUGUGUGUGCCAGUACAUCCUGAGGUACUUGAUCAGUAAACUGAACUGCUUAAUGCUACAGGAUAUGUUUUAAGAAAUUUGUGGUAAACAAGAUUUUCACCAAAUGUUACUUGUACUAGCAGUUUAAUGUUGUGAAGUGUUUUAUACAGCUUCUAAUGCGGCAAUGUGUCAUAUUUUUUGGAGUAAAAGUUUCAGCUUAAGUGUAUGUGAAAUUUCAGCCAUUGUUUGGGAAAUCCAUAAAUGUCUUUCAUGUAUCUAAUAUAAAUUUACUGCCAAAUUUAGACCAUUUUGUAGUGAUAUCGAUAGGUAUUAAUGCUAUUUUGUGAUCCUUUUACAGACGAAUGUAGUCACUCUAGUAUAUUGGACCUGGUUCCGUGUCACUUAACUGCAUUAUGGCCAUAUUUCUUCUUCAAUUUGAAUGGAGAUUUAAAGUGUCAGUAUUUUGCUUGCUGUUAAAACAGAUCAUGAAGUACGUGCAAAAGCAAACGUACUACACCAAUCUGAAACAAAAUCCUUUUGUCUGAAUUCUCUACUCUGGUUGUUUUAUUACUGGGUAUCAAAUAAUGAUUGCAGUGAUGUUAUUUUGUGCAAUGGAGCCAACAUAGUGGCUGCUUAGGCAGAAGUGUCUUAAAGCCACAUUUGUGGUGACUGCUCUUUGCAGAACUGUAGGUUAGGCUUCACAAGUGCAAUUGAUGGUAAUGGCUUUGCUACUGAUGAGGAAUCUGUACAAAUAUAUAUAAAUGUGUAAUAAUCCGUGUAUGUUGGAAAUGCCUGUUGUGUGUUUAGUGUAAAUGACUUUCAUAGCAAGGACUGCAUGUUACUUAAAUUACUCUGGAUUAUGAGUUGACUUUUUAUUCACUCUGUAUGACCCGUACGUUUCUUUCUACCUACCGUGCUACAACAAAAACAGGAAACAACAUAAUUCACCCAUCCCAUUUGUUUCGAAGUUUAUCUUGGAAGAAAAGCAAACAGCCAUUUGGAGUACCUGCAACUGAAUGUCUGAUAGGUCAGUUCAUGUUCAAAUUCUGCCUUCACAGUAACUGAAUAGUUUUUUAUAAAUCUGGAACUGUAUUGUAUGAAGACUGGAAUAUAUGACUUUAUUUAUCACUAAAUUGUGAAUUAGUACAUGAUCGUUCUAUGUGAAGCAAAAGCUUAUAUUUUUUUAAGGCAGCUUUUUGUAAACUAAAUUUUUGGCUUAUGUGUGUAUUGAAGAGUGCAUUGUAAUUAAAACCAUACAUAUGUAACCCUAA